CCCCACUAACGUCACACAGGCAAGUAGCCUUCAAUGUGGCCAGGCAAACUUUACUAACGGCUGCCUGCUUCCAAUCGCCAUCAUAUCUCUUAUUUCGUACUUUAUUGAAGCAUCUGAUGUUCGUUCUUGUCAGAAAUGAGUCUGCGGAAGAUCUUAGGGGGCUCCAGCCGGGUUAAAAAGGCCUCCAAGAAGUCUGGCGCAAACCGAUGUUCGCCUUCAUCCUCCUCUUGGCCAUCUUCUCUACCUCGUCGCAAACCAGGAAUCCGGAGUGAGAAGUCAUCUAUAGGAGAUGAAGAUGGCGAAGAUGACCUCUUUGACGAUCAACUCGACGAUUACGGGCUGGUCAAGUCCCUAGCGACCGAUCUGAACUUACGUGACACCUCACAAGCCGUCCUCCAUAUACGCAGCCACAUGUUCUCACCAAUGCCCGAUCGAGCGGCCGGAAUGAACUCUACGCGAAUCGCGGAAGUACUUAAUUAUCGAAAGUCGCUUCCUCCUAUCGUUACUAUCUCGCACAUACAAGCUCUGUUAUCGUCACCGAGCGCAGUGGAACGAGAAAUCGCGGAACUUGCGCGGGCUGGGUUUAUUCGGAAGGUGAUUGUUCCCCGGCGAGGAGACAUAGGAGAGACCGUGGUACUUGCCGCGGAUUAUGAACAGAUGGUGAAAGCUUCUAUGAGUCUGGAGGAGGAUACGAAGAGUAGUCUGAUUAAAUUUUUAAAAGAAAAUCCUGGAGUCCAGGCAUUGAAGUCGGAUGCUCUUCAUGCGUCGGGGAUUGACCAGCUCCUCAAGGCUGGGUUCCUAACAUCUCACAACACUGGCGCAACCCACCAUGGCCGCUCGUUACAUACUACAAAUUCAUACUCGCGACCUGGAGAUAAGGUGACGUUAACGUCCUUAGACAACAUCUCAAGACAGCCAACUGGCACACUUGACGCCGUAGGAGGCGAGGGUGUAGUACACAAAGUUGGUGGUAGUGGGGCAGGCUCACUCGGCAUGUCCUGGCUUGAUACGGGCGCUGCGGAAUUGAAGCUUGCCGUGCCUGGGAAUGGCACGUUCCUGAAGCUUCUCUCUUUGGCGCUCGAUCACCUCGUCUCGUUACUAGGGAAGUCACGUUUCCGUGAGGCGCCGGAGACGGUCCUUCGUGAUCGAUGGGAUGGCGGUAUCGCAAAAGACGAGGCGCGCUAUGCGGCGAAGCGCUCACGAGGAGAGUUCGCUGGCGUGUUGCCUGGGCAGACUAGGAAGUGGAGGCAGUUCUACGGACUUUCUUUUGACUGGGUUUUACAAGAGGCUGUCGGAUCUGGCCUAGUCGAAGUCUUUGAAACCAGAAGUGUUGGCCGCGGCGUACGUGCUCUGUGAGUCUUCCAUGCGACAGAUGGUCUGCCGAGAUGCGGUGUCACUAGUCUUGGCGUCGCACCUCGACGCCCAGGCAUACUAUGUAUGUAUGUACAAGUUUUACCCCAGAUCGCGCAACACAGGCUACUGCAUCUAUGGCCUGACGUUGAUUUGGAAGGGUGUUGCGGUAGCCCAUGCCAACUAUGCCGA